AUGGUGAACCCAGCCUCCAUGCUGAUUAAAAGGCCUUCUAGAGAGUUUGCACUGCAUUUCUCCCAUCAUAAAGAGUCGCCAAAUGUCCUGCUGGAUCCCGAAGCCGGGGAGAUGCUGAAUGAUCUGCAGGUGAAGCUCAACACGGUGCUGGACAACCUGAGUGCCAUGUUUGGGAGGAGCUUCCAGCCCAAGAUCAAUGUGUGCAUGCGUCAGGUGGGGGAGUUGCUGUAUCAGAUCAAAGGGCCGCUGAACGCCAACGCUCGCAACUCCGCCGAGGCAGACGCUGACAACGUGCUCCGCCCACUCAUGGAGUUCCUGGACGCCACUCUGAGCAUGUUUGCGGACAUGUGUGAGAAGACGGUGCUGAAGAGAGUGCUGAAGGACUUGUGGAGGAUCACCCUCAUUGGCAUGGAGAAGACCAUCGUACUGCCUCAGAGCAACGAAAGCCUGGGUGCCCAGCUUCUCACCGCUGCCACCAAGCUCUCCAAUCUGAAGGGAGGUGGGGAGGCUAAAAGCCUGUCGCCACGGCAGUGUGCAAUUAUGGAGGUGGCUCUGGACACCAUUAAGGCGUUCUUCCAUGCUGGAGGUAACGGGUUAAAGAAGGCCUACCUGGAGAAGAGCACAGAGCUUUCCUCCCUGCGAUACGCCCUGUCACUCUACACACAGAGCACAGACUCCCUCAUCAAGACCUUUGUCACCACUCAACACGCUCAGAUCCAUAAUGGGAUGGGCAUUAGGAUUGUGCCCAAUGAGAAGGUCCGACCAGACAGACCGGCUGGAGUGGAGCGUUCGGUGGGAGAGGCGAUCAUCCAAGUGGACAUGGCGCCACCUGCUGCAGAGCAGAAACUGAACGUCAAGGUCAUAGCCAUCAAUGACAUGAAGUGGCAGACAUCCGGCAUGUUCCGUCCCUUCGUGGAGGUGAACCUGGUGGGUCCGCUGCUCGCCGAGAAGAAACGCAAAUUCCAGACCAAGUCCAAGAACAACAGCUGGUCGGCCAAGUUCAACGAGACAUUCCCCUUUGUGCUGGGCAAGGGCCUGAAGGCCGACCUGUACGAGAUCCAGAUCACAGUGAAGGACUACUGUUUCGGCCGUGCGGACCGCACAGUGGGCAUCGCGGUGCUGCAGCUGCGUGACGUGGCCGAACGCCGCAGCUCCGUCAGCUGGUGCCCCAUGGGGCCGCGCAUCGGCAUGGACGAGACCGGCGUCACCGCACUGCGCAUCCUCUCGCAGAGGCCCAACGACGAAGUCGCCAAGGAGUUCGUUAAGCUCAAGUCCGAGGUGCGGCCCGCCGAGGAGGGCAGAUGAGCAGCCGUGACCAUGACCUUGUGACCUUGAGCACGACCUUGUGACAUCACAUUACACUGAUCACUUUUAUCCAAGGAGUUUGUCAAGCUCAAGUCUGAGGUGUGGCCUGCCGAAGAGGACAGAUGAUUUGAGUAGGGUUGAUGACCUUGUGACCUUGAGCCUGACCUUGUU